AUGCAAGCGUUCGUCCGGGGCUAUCAGUUCCAGUUCACCGUGGUGCCAAAGUACAUCCAGGUGUACGAGGGCGAAUCGGUUGUGUUCAAGUGUCGAGCUUUUUUCGACGAUGAGAUCGACUUUUCCUGGACUUUAAAUGGCAAUCCCAUCCGGCUGGAUCAUCGUGUGUAUUCAAAUGGUUCCAAUCUGCAUAUUAACAGUGUCUCCCAGCGGUUGGACAGCGGGGAUUACGUGUGCCUGGCAACGGCCAAAUCAUCGGGCGCACGGGUCGCAACGCCGCCGGCCAUGCUGGACAUCAUUCUGGAUCUGCUCGAUAAAUCGCAAAAGGCCUUUUGGUACUACUAUCAUAUCUCGCACAUAUCAACGGUGUAUGUGUGUGUGCAGAUAAUAGUUGAAUACAACAAAAUUAUGGAUAUAGAAGAGGGAAAUAUGCAGAGUAUAUCGGAUGACGAUAUACUUUCCUGCUCGUCGUCCAUCCUGAAUACGCCUCAAAAGGAGAAGAAAGGAGAUGAUGCUGAUAAAACUGUAAGUGACUCUGAUGAUAACAAUUUACAAAUCACUAUAAUCUCGAAACCACCAUUGGAGGUUGCGACUACUCUACUCAGGCAGGACCAAAAAGGCACUAAACUGAAGAGUGAGUCAAUAAAACCUCUAAGUGGGGCUGGGAAGAAGCGAUUCAAACGCUUUAUUGAAAGCGGGAUCACUCCUGAUGAGGCACGGCGGUUGGCUAUGCUACCUUUGGUGACACCAAACUCGAACCCAACCAAGCGCUAUCAUAAUAGUGAUAGCAGCGGCGAUAAUCCGCGUCCUAAAAAACAGGGUCGUGUCCCGGGAUCUAAACUGUCUCUUGAUGGGGGAUCAGUCCAACAUCGCUUGAAUCCGACUAGAGCAAAAUCCCCUGAACAGCCCCAAAGAACAGAGGGUAAGGACAAGCCAUCGUAUAGGGAUGUGAUCAACAGUGUUAAGGACUCUUCAAGGGUUUUCGUUUGUCUCGGUGGCCACCGAACUAGCAGCAGUAGUAGUAGCAGUAGUUCGGAAAAUUCUCUCCCUCCGUUUGAUGUGUGUUCUGUUGCCGCCAUCGGGGAAGAUGUUCAUGAAGGAAGCAGCAGCAGCCUUGCGCCGGUUGUACAAUUGGUGAAACAUGAAUCGGAAAAGAGUGGUGCAGUCGUUCUCAAAUGUCACGUUGGAGGCUCCAAUCAUGGCGCUAGGAAUGGCAGCAGCAAUUCUGGCAGCUUCAGGGAUGACGAUGAUAUCCGCAUCGAGUGGUACAGGAACGACGAGCGACUCGCCAAAUCAGCGCAUAUCGAUUUUCAGCGCCGAAAGCUCUACAUCAAAAAUGCAACAGCCAAAGAUAAUGGUGUUUAUAGCUGUCUAGUGCUGCACCGAGGACAGUCAUCGGGUCUUCAGCAACAGGAACCGGUCCCAAGUGUCAAAAACUAUCGCCUCAAGCUGAAGGCCACCGGAUUUAGUGACAACGCCAAAAUCGACUGCAGCAAGAGCCAAAAUACGUUGCUAUGCCGGGGAAAACGUGGCGAUAAGCUCAUAGCGGCUGCCCUCACAGCGCCAUCGGCCGUACCAUCUUCCGCUGCCGCUGCCGCGUCCGCCGCAGCCUUUACCACUGCCGACUCGCUAGGAUUCUCCACGCUGGUCCCGGUGCAGAUCGUUGACCAUCCGGUCAAUGCAGUGGUUAAUGAGAGCGCGUCGGCGAUUUUUAAUUGCGGCUUCCAAACGCUCUCCAACGAGACGGCAUUCGUUCUGCGGUGGCGCAAGGAUGGCAAGGUGAUCCGGAAGUGGGACAACGGAGCGGCCGAUCUGGACGAAGGUGGUGGUGUUACCGAAAGCUCUAUGUUUCGGGACGAUGCUCGAAUCUACGUGGACCGAAACAAUGGAUCGCUUGUGUUCACUUCGGUUAUCGCCAGCGACGAGGGCAGCUACGACUGCCAAGUGUCCAACAAUGGGAGCGAGAUCCUGGUGACUUCCAACUCGGCCGAGCUGCAGAUAAUAUCCAAUCUACGCUUCACGCCAAAGCCACCAACGUCCAAAAAUCUAGAGUUGGGUUCCGUCACAAAAAUACACUGUAAAGCACAGGGAACACCCACCCCAACGGUGCAUUGGAUUAGCGAGAGAGGCGGCAAAACCACCGAUCUGCCCGAGGCAGUGGAGGACGUCAAUGGAACGCUGGUGUUCCGCACCGUAACAACGGACCAUCGCGGCAACUACACCUGUGUCGCUGCCAACGCUCAGGGGGAAAUCAGCGCUACGGUGGCGGUUACUGUGGUCGUGGCGCCCAAAUUCGAAAUCGCUCCCCAGGGAUCGAUUCAGGUGGCGGAGAUGGGCACUGUUUUCAUUCACUGUGUUGCCACCGGAGACCCAAAGCCAACUAUCCAGUGGGAUAAAGAUUUGCAGUACUUGCACAGCACGAACCAAUCGGAAGAGGAAAGAUUUCGGAUCCUGGAGAACGGAACGCUGGUACUGAUGGAGGUACACCUGGAGGAUGAUGGGAAGUAUGGUUGUACCAUCGGGAACAGUGCCGGAUUGAAGCGGGAGGAAGUUCAUCUGAUCGUGAAACCCGCUGACAGUAUGCCACAGCCGGAGGAAACCUCCGAGGACGGUUUUCUAAUCACCCGCGCAGUGCUCAUCACAAUGUCCGUUGCCUUCGCGUACAUCAUCCUGGUGGUAGGUCUGAUGCUGUGGUGCCGCCAUCGUCGGGCCGCUCGCAAGGCUCGCCUCAACAUGAGCGAGAAAGAGAAUGGCGAUGUUGAUAUGAAGAACUGUGAAAUCGAACCUUGUCUUCCGGAGAAGGAGGCAAAGUCAUCGAAGAGCUCCUCCAAAAAGUCGGGUCAUCAGAAAACCGGUUCCAACGGUGACGGACAGGACAAGAGUGACGAUACGGUCAACUCUAACAAAUCAAAGAAGUCGAGCAGUUCAUCCUCGUAUCUUGAUCAGUUGUCGGUCUCACGGACCAGCGUGAUCGAUAUGCUGCAGAUUGGAAAAUGUGACUUUGGAGAUGUUUAUGUGGGAAAAAUCAAGGAGAAUGACUGUAGAACCGCAGUUGUGAAGGAGGAAGUGCUGCGGGAGCCAGCGACCGGGGACGAAGUGGUGCACGCCUCAGCUGAAGUUGCGCUCGAAGAUGAAAAGAUUACGAAGAAACCCUCCAAUGAAGAACUGAACGAGAUCAAGCCCGAGAAUGAUUACAAGUUGGUAAUGGUUAAAGCGCUCACCAAGGUGAAAGACGAACAUUGCUGUUCGGAGUUCCGGCGACAGCUGGAUCUGUUCAGAACUGUUUCACACAAGAAUGUGGUCAAACUAUUCGGACUGUGCCGGGAUAAGGAUCCCCACUACAUGCUACUCGAGUACACCGAUUGGGGUGACCUCAAACAAUUUCUGCUCGCCACCUCUCCGAAUACUCCUCCGAACGGAAGUGUAGAAACGACAGACGCCGCCAAGCCACCCCCACUCAAGGUACCGCAGAUUCUAGCGCUCGCUCACCAAAUUGGACGAGGAAUGGACGCCAUCUACAAGGCACGCAUCAUACACAAGGACCUCGCCACCCGUAACUGUAUCAUCAGCAGUGACUUCUCGGCCAAAAUCACACUGCCAGCGCUCAGUCGAGACAAAUACAGCAAGGAGUACUUCAAGUACAAGAACCAGCUGAUGCCGGUUCGAUGGAUGGCUCCCGAGUGCCUCCAGGAUGAUGAUUUCUCGAUCAAAAGUGAUAUCUACUCGUUUGCGGUGCUGGUGUGGGAACUGUUCACGCAAGCCACCUCGCUGCCCUUCAAGGAUCUAACCGACGAGGAGUACCUAGCACAAGCUCAAGCCGGCAAGCUGGAAUGGAAGGUGGCGGAAGAGACACCCACGGAGCUGCACAAGAUACUGAUCUCCUGUUGGUCGCUGAGUCCGAAAGAAAGACCAUCGUUCAGUCAACUGGUUGUCGCUAUCGGAAACUGUCUCCAGAGUGAGUACCCCAAGGAACCAACUGAACCCGCCGCUUAGAACGUGUAUCGUAAAUACUGCGCCAAGGUGCACGAUGUACGAUCAUACAACUAAAACAACGACGUUUUCCGAGAGAAAACCUUCCCGGAUUUAAACUGCUAUUGAUUAUUGUAUUAUAGUAUUUAUUACGACAAAAAAAACUUAAGAUAGCUCUUGUACACAUACAUUUUAUAUUCCCCGCUGAAAGUAUGACGUAAAACAGGUGGUACGAUUAGGGCAAACGAAGUAGAUUAGUAAGGUGAAUGUGAGUGUGAAUGCCGCGGCGGCGUUAAGGAUUGCUAAGAGUUGAUAAUAAGAAGUUACGAGCCAUUUUCCCCCGAGAUGAAUGUGAUGAACCUUCACGAACAACUCAUCAUUAUGCACAUACACACACACAUGCAAACGCUGUGUUCAACAAUGCAUUUGAUAAAGACUUAAUAUUUGAUAGUGCAUAGGAGACAACAAAUUAUACAGAUAAAUUAUCACUCUUGUACUGUAUUAUUAUUAUUACACCGUAAGUGUAGCAUUCAAACCUGUCUGUUGCUAAACUAUUUAUACAUCAUAUUAUAUGUAGGAUGUAGUUUAUACAAUGCGGAUGCGCGGAGCAAUAUGGAGAUAUGGAUGGUAUCAAACCGGGAAACAGUUAGACUAGCUUUUUAUCACCACUAUCAUUACUACUGUAUAGUAACAGCAGCAUAUGAAAGCACCCAUGUAUAUGAAACGUAAUGGGCACUUAUCAUCCAAUCAAUCAGGACUAUUAAACUGCCAAUUUAUACAGAUGUAAAAUAACCAAAAUUGAGAAGAAAUUUAGUUUAAUAUGCUCCCAAGGAUUGUACUCGUAUUUAGAUUUCAGUUUCUCAUGUCAGCAGAGUUAGAUAUUCAUAGUUUGCACUAUAUACAGCCUUCAGCAGUUGGAUAGCGGCUCAAUUCUAGGAUUGGGCGCUCUUGGAUCCAUUUCCAGAAGAUCGAUCUUUUCCAUUCUGAUUUUCGAUUUUUUGGAUCGAUCUUUUUUUUAUCGAGAAAAUCGAGAAAAUCGAUCUUUUGCUUUCGGUUUUCUCGAUCCUUUUGCAGAUUUGGUUUUCAGUAUAAAUCGAUUCUAUCUCACCAAAGCCCACCAAAACUUUUUUUUCAAACAUUAUGUCAACAUUUGGAUCACUUUUUCUAGGAUUUACUUCCGUACAAAUGUUGAAAGAGACAGAACUAGCGGCAGCUACUAAGGGGAUGAACCAGGGCUGCCACAUAUACAGAAUAUUCUGUAUUUUACAGAUUUUUCGCCGAAUUCCAGAUACAGAAUCUGUAUAUACAGAAUUACAGAUUUUCAGCAAAAAUACAGAAUUAACAGAUUGUUUUUGAAAUUAAAUUUUGAACAUUGAAUUUAUUACAGUGCAUACAAAAAGUUGAACGCAACGCAACGAGAUGGCUUCCGUUGUUAUUAGGCGAAAUCUUGAGCGAUUUGAAGAGUUUAAACUAUUUUUUUCGUUCCUAGUUGUGUAUGAUUAUAUUCAAUCUGCCAAUCGUAUAUUAACUCAUUUGAAUGAUCCUAUGACUAAACCGAUUAUACUGUUCCUAAACUUUCUUCUACCGCUCAUCAAUAACGUCAAUCGCACCUUUCAAUCAGAAAGUUCUCAAUUUUGCGAACUUUAUAAUGAGACAAGAAUGUUAUUGUUGAUCAUGUUGGGUAACAUAUGUUUGGAGAGCUACGUGCAACGAUUCCUUCAUACUGACCUUGAUGUGAAAGAUUUUGAAGACUUUCCGAAGAAGCCUGAGGAUGUUUGCGUUGGUAUCGAUGCAGGAGAAGCUGAAAAAGGAUUGGAUGCAUCUAGGAAGUAGAUCUUCACCUCGAUUUUUCGUGACUUCUAUAUUGAACUGGUGAAACAGCUGCAGCCUUGAUAAACUCUCAAAAUUUCGUCAAGCUACCAAACCUUAAUGAUUUAAUGCGACAAUUUCUUCAAUUCGUUGAAACAAGUAAUAGACAAGGCUUGAAUUACGAAUUCAGGCUACUCAAGUCGAAUAUUAUGGGGCAAAAAUUGAGUGACUCGGACAUAACUUGAUCCCAGCUGUUGGAUUUCAAAAAGGGUGAUGGGAAAUUUUUGUAACCAUUGCUAAGGUCGUUUGUAAGACAGACAUUUAUUUUCAUUUUUUCCGUUAACUUUCCGAUACAGAUUUUUUGGCUAAAAAUACAGAUGUACAGAUUUUUUCAGAAAAUUUUACAGAAUUAAAUGUGGCAACCCUGGGAUGAACUGUAACCGGCUGCGCAUAGGAUCACUGAACCUGAUUUUGACAUCAAUUACAGGCGAAAGGUUGUUCUCUAGAUCUGGCGCCAAAAUCAAAAAUCGGCUUCGACUAAAUGACAGACGUAUGACACGAUUAUCUUUUAUGGGAUCUUUGUCAGCUGAGUUCUGAGCAGAUACCAGUUGUUGAAUUUCUAACAAUGCUUUUUCAAUUAAUGUAUUAAAAAAAACGAUUGAUUAUUUUUUUGGAAUUUAAAUUUUUUGUGACCUGUGUGCAAAGGAACAAAACAAAAUGCUUUUGAUGUUUGAAUGUAAAUAUGAAAUUUGAAAUAUGAAAUUCCCCGUUUAAAAAAAAGACGACACUCCUAUAGAAGAAGCAGAUAAAUUGGAAAAAAAGAUUUCGGUUUUUCAAAGAUCGAUUCUUUGGUACCGUGGAUCGAACCCUACGCCGCACUGUGAGGUCGUUCUGAAAAAAGACGGUCAAAAAUCUUUUCUCGAUUUACCUUACAUUUUAGAGGUUGGGUGUCUUCAGAAAAGUUGUUCAGAAUGUUGAUUUGGAUAAUUUGACGGUUUUGUUUAAACUCUUGCUAAGUUACAGUAAAAAUUAAAAAAAAAUAACUUUUUACACUUACAAGAUAGUGAAGUUAUGUCUUCAGCAACAUUGUAAAGCUGUAAAUUUCAUGAAACUUUAGAUAGAAACUAGUAUCUUCAGCAGAGUUAUGUAUUUUCAUGUUAUCUAAAACUUUGUGGAACAUGCUGAGUUGAUAUAAUAUAAUUUAGGUAUAACUUAAGUUGAAAAACUAGUUUUGAGAUAUUCUCCCUAGAAAAACUGUUAUAUCUCUGAAGGACUGAUAGAUAGAUAUUAUGUAUCUUCAGCAAAGUUUCAUGAAAUUUAUAGCUCUACAAUGUUGCUGAAGACUUAACUUAAGUAUCUUGUAAGUAUAAAAAGUUUUUUUUUUUUUUUAAUUUUUACUGUAACUUAGCAAGAGUUUAAACGAAACCGUCAAAUUAUCCAAAUUAACAUUCUGAACUACUUUUCUGAAGACACCCAACCUCUAAAAUGUAAGGUAAGACGAGAAAAGAUUUUUGACUGUCUUUUUUCAGAACGGCCCCACUGUGCGCCGUUUGGAAAAUCGAUUCGUCAAGAUCGAUCUUUUUCUAAAGAUCGCCCAAUCCUAGUCGGAACAGUGCGAUAUCAGUACAAUUUGAAUCAUUUUCCAGGACAGGUGCAGUAGUGUGGUAAAUGGAUGUAUGGAGAAAAUUUCAUCAUCAAAUUUCAAAUGUACAUUUUGUUUAUUGGCCCAAAAAAAUGACCAGAGUUCAGCUCAAUCGGACAUGACUUAGGAGUGCCUCAAAGCACUCAAAGUUUUGAUUCUCGAAAAUCUUCCAAGGGGGGAGUAAAGGAAAUUUGGAAAAUCGAUUUUUUUUUUUUCGAUGCCAAAUGACUCAAAAAUGCAUAAAACGUCGAGAUUUGGUGUCAUCUCGAAAAAAAAUUUUGGCCGAAAAUCGACCUGGAGAAGUACAGCACAGGCCACUGGGGCAUUUUGCUGAUUAAGUAAAGUAUGUAAACUGGUAUGGGCGAUUCUGCCAGAAAUAAAUCCGUAUUGAUCGGACGAAAUGUGGAUUUUCAUGGCGUGUUGAAUUUAUAUGAUUUCGGAUAUUUCAAUUUCCGCAGAGUGGUUGAUUAUCCCACGGUAGAUAUUGACAACACGACGGUUACCAUUUUUGUAUACCGGACAUUUCCCAGAACAUUUCCUUUGCUCAAUCGAACGGGUAAAAAUGAAGGCUCGGCCAUUAACCUUGCACUGCCAUGGAAAACGACAGCGGAUAUGCACAUCAUCCGGACCAGAAGAAUAAUCGAUCGUGUUCAAUUUUACUGCAUCCCGCGAGACUUCUGAAACAGCUAGUUCAACUUCAUUAUCGGACUUUAGACCUUUUCAGAAUACUGAUACAAAGUACAUCGCGAAGAGAUUGAACGCUUCUACCUAACUUCGGGACUUUCUCCCAUCAAAUAUCAUGUCAAACGGAACUAACGGGUUGUCUUCGACGUUGUUCAUAAAGCCCCUAAAACAUUUUGUAUCCCAGCGAAAACCAAUUUGCACCCUUAACGGGGAAUGUGGAUAAAAUGGAUAUAGGUUUAGAUUUCGAUAAUUUAACUAAAAACUAACUCAAACUAUUUUUUUUUAUUUUCCAUGAAAUUUAAUUUAUUCGUCCUGACAUUUUCGACAAAUUAAUAUUAAUUAAAGCGUUAUGUGUUUCUUACUAUGUUUUUGUACGUAUAAGACAAUUCCAAUUACGACUCUAUGUGAAUAGAUCCUGCUUAUUUCAUACACGUACCUACUAUUUCAAUAAUGAUUUGAGCAAAUUUGCACCAGAAAUAACGCAUAAAUCUAUUCCAUUUAGCGUACGUGACAUAGUAAUUGUACGAGCCACAAUCAUUUUUGACGUAGGACUACGUCUUACAUUAAGGGUGGCAAAUCAGAUAACAGGUCACGUUUUCAUGAAAUAAAGUUAACAUUAAUAACUAUUUUGGUUGCGAACGGAUUUUAACGAUUCAAGCAGAUAUUGCCGAAAACUACCCGCGUUCGCUCGAAGCUGCGGCCGGAAGAGGACGAAAUUAACGAAGCUCCUCUUGAGGAUUUUUGUAGCAUGAUUAAAACAGCCGAACAUAGCGUAACGGGGAACAUUCUAGGACAUGUGGAACGAAGACGACGGUACGAGUGGUUCGAUGAUGAGUCUUCAGGGAAACUGUAGCGCCGCCAGGAAGAGGAGGAGUGUGACGAACUCGAACAGCUGCACCGCUCUCGUGCGACGCGAAAGUUCUACCGGAGACUCGAUACAUCCCUGAAAGACUUCGUCACACGAGCAGAAUAAGGAUGGGAGUAUCCUGACGAACGAACGUAAAGUGGCCGAAAUGUGGAGGCAACCUUCCGAUGAACGCAUGCAUGGCAGAGGAUCAAGAAAACGAUGGAAGCGAUUGCGUUGGUGCAGUAAAUAAUGAAGAUGUACCACCUUCAACGAUAGGUAAAGUUAAGAAUGCCAUCAAACAACAAUUAUUAAUAUCGUUAUUUGACCUAUCUUCAAGAAAAGCGAAAAACCAGACUGUGAAAACUUCCAUGCAAUCACCGUCCUGAAUUCCGCCUCCAAAGUGCUUCCCAAAUCUCUUCCGUCGUCUACCGCCACUUAUGAACAGAUUCGUUGGAGGCCGACCAGAUAGGCUUCAUUGAAGAUCGGUCUACUACCGAUCAAAUUUUCAUCUUGCGGCAAAUCCUCCAGAAAUGUCGUGAAUACAGAGUCCCAACGCACCAUCUAUUCAUUGACUUUGAGGUUUCCCCGGAAAGCAGGCAAACCUGAUUGAGGCUAAGAUGGAUAGAAUACGAAUAUCGGGAUUGGAUUAUCUGAUUUACUCAAGUCCUACAGGGGGAUUCGCCAAGGUGAUAAUCUCUCGUGCCUUCUGUUCAAAAUUACGAUAGAGGGUGUUAUGAGACGAACGGUGUUCAACUUGCGUGACACAAUUUUCAAAUAGAUCCAGUCAAUCUAUUCGCUUCGCUGAUGACGUAGAUAUUAUCGGCAGAACAUUUGAGACGGUAGCUCAAUGUUCUAAAACCAAAUACAGUAAUCAUUCGGUUCAGAGAUGAACUAGCCUUCGGCUGAAAAUCUCUUUAAUAAAGAAAGAGAAAAAAGUAAUCAUUCGAAGAAAGGAAGACCAGUUAUCGACAUUCACUUUUUAACUGGACCGGCAUGUAAAACGUCAAAUAAAAUCGAGGGGAACUUCAAUGAAUUGUUUGAUUCGUGUUGAUCGUGAAAUUUGAUAAACAAAAAGUUUCCACUGGAAGUUUUGCAUUGAGUGGGACAACAGGUAUGAUAUAUAAUUUGGGGAAAUUAUUUUUCUUUAAGUUAAUCAAUGUUUUUGUCAUGCGAAAAUAAUGUAAAUUUUUAUAACAUCUCAAAUUACAUUCGAAUGCCUCUCACAGCAAAUCUUCCAAUUGAGAAUGGCGUCAAUUGUUUACGAAAUUCUGCUUCAUGGUGGUUCGCCCAGUUGAAAAGCAGUCCAGUUAACCCCUUCCCGUAUUAUUUUAUACGUCACACAUCAAGUGAUUUCACAACUCUGCUGAGCGUUCUAGCGCCCUUUGUUAUGCAAGUACACCACGAGUGAGACUCUAUGCUGUACGGGAAAGGGUUCAGUUAUCGAAUGAUUACUGUACAUGGUGGCUUUCGGAUCCGAACACGACAGGACCCGAAUAGCUAGUAGUGUAGUGAUCGCCGUUGAUGACUUCGGACUAGUGGACCAAUUUGUAUAACUUGGCUCAGUGGUAACGUCUGACAAUGAUACCAGCCGCGAGAUCCGGAGACCUAUUAUCAAUGAGAGUCGUACCGACUAUGGUCUCUACAAACAAUUGAGGUAAACCAGGUUCGUGUGAAAUGAUCCAUACACAAAACGCCCAUGAAACCGGUUGUCCUCUACGGGUACGAAUACCCGAACAAUACUCGAAGAAGACCACUCGAGCACUCGGAGCCCUCGAACGACGUGUGUUAAGAACACUCUUCGGCGGUGUGCAAUAUGGAUGCGAAAAAUGAACCCUCAUGGUUCACGUAACUCACCGGUGAACCCAAUGUCCAAAAAGUGAUCAAAUUUGGAAGGAUGUGCUGGGCAGCACACAUUGCAAAAAAGCAGGAAAACUAUCCUGCAAAAAUGAUGUUUAUCGGGAAUCCGGCAGGUACUAGAAGACGAGCUGCACAGCGAGCAAGAUGGUUAGACCAGGUGGAACAAGACAUGGUGAGCGCCGGGUUUUCAAUUCGGCAUUAGGUAGCAAUCCGUUUUCCAUAAUCACAGCAUAAAGAAAGUGCUCUUUUAUUUUCUUCAUUCAGAAAAUUGUACCAACUUAGUGGCAGGAGAAAUAUCUACAGACCGUACUUCCUCCUCCAUUUUCGAAUGUUUUGGUUUCGUAUUUUGGCUUGAAAACAGAGUCUGUAGGAGGCCAAACUAAUCAUUGCAGGUCGGAUACGAACAAGUUCACUUUUUUUUCGUCUGACCAUAGAAUGUAACUCCAUGAAAAUUUAAAACGAAUGUUUUCGUUCGUCCUAGGAAUGCAGCAAUAUCACGCUGAGAAUUAUCUUGAUGUCUAAUAAACAGCCGUCGUCGUUCCGUAAAGCUAUAGAAAUUUGCUCCGGUUUGUGAUUUAUCAUCAUCAGGUAAUAUUAGUCGCCGAUAUUUCAAGAUCUGUUAGAUGCGCUACUAAGCUCUUUCUUCAAAUGAAAAAGAAAAGGGCGAGUAAAAAUCGGGAAGUACGGCGGAUGGGAUAGGACUUGCCAUUUCAGUGUCGCAAAGUAGGUUUGAACGCGUAGCGCAACGUGGGGCUUCGUAUUUUUUAUUUUCUUUGGCUCGCUGUAAUGAAUCUAUUUUUCAUCUUAUGUCAUGAGUCAGUGACAAAAAAAAACCACAACCAACGUUCCGUGGUUUCAAAUUAUAAUUCUCAACGCAUGCAAUCGCUGAGGAAUGGUUUGGCCUGUAACUCCUAAUACGAUAGUCAGCUCUUCUUGCAUUUUACAUGGAUCCAAUGCAUCCAAUUUAACGUCUUCUCAUGACAUUACCUCACGCGCACGGUCGUCAACAUCGAAAGCUCGUCUUUGAAGCAACGCAACCAUCACGGCAUUCCACUUAGAGCAGCAUCUCCGCGAAUUUUUUGUAAUGUCGACCUACUGUUGAAAUCUUCUAUUGACAAACAGCGGGACGUACACCUACACCUUAUACAUUUUGACACCUUGUCAAAUGCUCGGCAGUGCAAUGCUUUCUUGUUAACUUUUCGUGGUUCUUCAAACCGAUAAAAUUGGUUAUAUAAAUUCACACUUCUUUUUGUUCUUCCAUUAUCUUGAAGAAAUGGCUUUUAUUGAUAAUUAAUAGUUUACAAAAAGUUGGGUAAAGUAAUACUUGAGGACACAGAGAAUGUUAAAUUUUUCGUCGUCUAAUCUAGAUCGGAUCUCAUUAACGCGUACUGUACUGUUGCGCGUACAGUACGAAGAACAUCGAAUACUAUUGUCAUGUAUUUGUCUCUGAUUCCUCUGUACGAGGGUUUUCAUCAAUCCGUUUAUAGACGUUGAGUUUGGGUUGGACGUUGAUACCUUUGAUUGUUGCAAUCGUCGUUCAAGUUUUUCCUUGAUGCUCAACUGUUCUGCAGGAUCGCAUCGUCCAUUGAUAUUUUUUCUCCUGUUGCUUUCCUACCGAAGCAAUAUCAUCAUCGUCAAAUUUGGCCAAAUCAGGAUCAAUGUCAAAUGUCUGCUUGAUCAAUGCAGUCCGUGAGGUUUGAUAGAAGACAUCAAAGUCAGCAUUCAUUGUGUCACGACCACGAGCAAAAUGAUUAUUCAUAUACGGAAACAAAUCUGCUUAUACGAACCUUCUUUCUGCAAUCCUUCUAAUCAGGGCUUCAAGCAGCUGCUUCAAAAUUUCUAAUGGUUGCUCUGAUAGCUGUUCUAGCAUAAAUUGAUAUCCGACUGCAUAAAGAGUGAUUGUAAAAUUACCGGUAAUUCGGUAAUGGAAAAUGACACGGUAUCACCGGUAAAACCGGUAACGGUAAAAACAAUUAACAAUCCCUUCGAAGCUAUUCACGUUUUUUGAGAGCAUGGCUUUAUCCUGUUGGUGGCUGCGAAUGAUACCGCGGUUGAUGAGAAUCAUAGAUAUCACAUGAACAAAGAGAUUCACUUGAAGGUAACAUUUUAGAAGGGUUUGUUUGUGUUUGUGUUUUACUCAACUGCAUAUGUCUACGCAGCUUCAUUCUGUUUCCCAAUGAUGGAGAUUUCAACAGUUCGCCCUUCUGAUGAAAUCUUACCAGGUAUUGCCAUACUAGUAACAGUUAUUCGCCGCUCUUCAAUCCCAAACCGAUCUGCCCCUUUCGAAAUUCCCAAUCUGAAUUGUUUCCCUCAAAUCUGUCUUCCGAAUAAUUAGCUUUUGAUUAGGUUAAUUAUUCAAUUUCUCCUUUUGUCAUCAGGAAAUACUUGAAAAUGAAAAACUAUGCA